AUGGCGCAUACCUCGACAAAGACCGUGGCUUUAUCAUUCGACACCGCAGUAAUUGGAGCGUUGUCGAUGCAAUUCGAGAAGGCCAAAUCCAUAUCACAGAAUGUCGAAAAGGCGCGUGAAGCUCUGCACCAGGAAGCGCCCAAAGUCGAGCGAGAGCUGCGAACAGCACGCGUACUGGAGGCACGACUGAAGAACAGGACAGAGUAUUAUACGCGCGCAGUGAAGCAUACAGGAACGCAAUAG